AUGCCCAGGCUGGGCGUUUUCUCGGCUGCAGGAACGGUACUCUCGAUCGAGGUGAAGGUGGGCGUUGAUUUGGCCGCUGGAGAGCUGUAAGAGACGGGGCAGGAGUUGCCGGGUGUAACGGGAGGCUCGAUCAUUGACUUUUCUACCAAAAUGCGAUUAUUUUUGGCUGAUCUGGCUUCGAUUGCAUCAAAAAUUUUGCAUACCAUUGAGGAUCGACCUAAUUUUAGACAAAAUUUGUUGAUUCCAAGGUUUUAUUCGUCAAACUAGUGGGAAAAAAUGUGUGUAUAUUUCGAGUAGACUCUUAUUCUUUCCAUUGACGAGUAAUUCAACAGUUUUAUUUCGUCUUUUCCUAAAGAAAAUCAGAUUUCGACCUUACUUUACACUAACCUUGUCUAGUUCAAAAUUUCCACCUCUUUACUAAAUUUUUUUUCCUCUCAAAAGUCUUUUUUAGACUUCUACUUCUGUAAAGUUUACUGCUUUAAGACCUCAAGCUUUAAUUUCCACUAAAAAUUAAAAUUUUUUAUAUUACUUUGGUGUUCAAUCUGCCUACUUCAAUAUCAAAUUCAUGCGAAAGGUGAAUCGCUCUUUUUAUUUCAUUUUUCAUACAAAAAUCGCAUGUACUUUUCAUUCGAAAAAAGAGCGCCUCGUUUUUUACUGUAUGAUUCUAUUCUUUGACAUUUUUUUAUAUUGUACUAGACAUCAACUGAAUGGAUCUUUGAUUUUUGUCGGUUUUGUGGUCUAGUAUUUCUUAAAAUCGUUGAAAUGUGUCGUACAUGAUGCAGAAAAUAUUGUGAGCUGAAAAUACGCCGGAUAUCGAGGUUUUCAACAUCAAGUUCUUCACCAUCCUCUUCUUGACCUUUUGCCUCUCGAAACUGCCGCAGUAAAUAAAUAUUCUUUGGUCCAGAUAUUAUUUCAUAAUACCCCGACCCGAGUAUGCAAACUUGGGCCCCGUAAAAGAACAAUAAAAAUACAGGUUUGGAUUUCUAUGGGUGCGGGGGACGACAGGUCAAGACUGGUUCGUUUUUUAUUGCUCUAGACGAAUCACUCUAAAGGACAUGUUUAUUGAGGGUAAAGGAAGAUGGGGAGAUGAUUGGACUAGAGUGGGGGUUUAUUAACACAAGGAGGGAUAUUGUAAUUUGGGAUCUUGUACUAGACUAUUGGAUAAAAAAAAUUUUUUUUUGCGGUGAAGGCAUUGAAAAAAUCGGUACCCAUUCUAUCUGAGGAGUAUAAUAUUUCUUCACAAAAUCGAUUUUGGCAGAGCGCAAUUUCCGGAGAAACGGCGAAUUUUUGUCUGACCGACUCUCCUCAUUUUGCGUACUCUCUCGGAAAAUUAUUUCGUAGCUUCGCUGCGGAUGAAAAAUAAGAGCUGAUACUUUGGGGGACUGAUUAGUGAUCUGUUAGGAUUAUCUAUGCAAAAUCGGAUGAAAAUGAGACAAUUAUAUUAUACUUGGGUGUCCGGUUAAAAAAAACUUGUCCGGUUAAAAAAAUAAUAUUUUUUUUGUUCUACAGAGAUUCCUGGCCUCGUAACUAAGUGUAACUAAGUUGAAUAAUCAAAUUUCGUCCCCUUUUCGGACUCUUGGACAACUUUUUUUCCAAAUCCUAACACCUGGGCUACUCUUGUUUUUGCGAAAAGUGUUGUAUUAGGGUGUCCCAUAAGUCUUGCAAAUUUUUGGGUUUAAGAAUUAACGUCUCAUUUCGAGGGCCCAGAGAACUAUACUUCUUAAUGAUUGGUACUGUUAGAACCACCAUCUCUUACACUUGUUAACAGCAUAAAAAUUUUUAAUUAACCACGUGCCCUCCGGGCAAAUACUUGACAUUCUUUAAUAUUGUCCAGUUUUGGGAAGGGUUAGGAAAACGAUUCCGUACUUUGGUAAGUGAGGCUGUACCUUUACAACCACACUUUUUUAUAAAUCUACUGAGUACUCUGUUUCUAAACAAACGGCGCUUGCCACUGAAUUCUUGCAUAUGACGCUGUCCUGCAGGUUUCUUGUAUCAGGCGCCAUGGUGAAUAUCACGAUGUACAUACUUUUGCGUAUAAAUUUUUUUGAGGAUGGUUUCUCAGGUCGGGCCGUUACCAUAAUGAAAAUAGCGUUAGAUUUAUGCGAUUUAAGCACGGAUCCGUUGGCUACCUUGUUCUGAAUUACCGCUAACCCAAGAAAAUUUGAAAAAAUGAGGUGCAUUUACUCGAUACCAAAAAAGUUGGCAUGGAUACAAAAAAUCUUGUAGUGCAGUGUCUUUUAAACAUUGACACAUGUAUUUUAUCUUAGCAAGAGGAUUUUGGAAUAGCGGUGCCAGGGGCUGAAAAAACACUAAAUUUAAAAAAUUUUCUGUAAAUUUUAAAAAUAAUCCGGAAAAUUUUGAAUUAUGUAUAUCUCAAGGCAAAAAAUUGAUACAGGCGGUAAUUAUAGCCUCAUUAUGUUCAAAAGCAAGCGUAGAUUACACACGAUGCACAGCUACGGCCAACACUUUCUACUGUCGAAAAAAUAGGUCAUAAAAACGUGAAUCCAACAGUUUUCAUAUUGGUCAAACCACCACAAAAGUGCCCAUGCCUGUAUCGCAGCGUGGACUAGAAUAAGAUCCAAGGCUCUCAUGCGUCCUAUUUUCACGUUUAGUGGGCCAACAGAUCUAUUUUUAGAAAGCAUAUAUCCAUUUUAAAAUCGGCAAGCAAAAUUUUUCUUAAUGUCUAGUACAAUAUCGGGGCAGUGUGGGCAGCAGGUGGAUCUUCUGUGGCUUUGUCAUAUACGGUUUAGAAGCGCUUUAUCUAAGCUUUAAACCAAUACAUCCAACAUACUCCGUAAUGCGUUUCAAAGCUUACAAGAAUUCGCACAAGUCGACCACCCAAAAAUUUGCAAGACUUAUGGGACACCCUAAUACUUGCACUUGGUAGACCCUCCGAAUUCUCAGUACUUUCCGGAUCAAACCGUCUCCUCUCCCUUCCUUUUCCCUCAUUACAUAACUCGCAUCGCGGAUCGCGGAAGUUUAAAGAGUUUUGUUUGGCCCCGCUGUUGACCCCGACCACAGAGUCGCCCCCCUUUUAAUCGUCGAGUGCGUUUUCGACGGAUUUUCCAUCCAUUUUGUAGAUUCAAUGGGCUCUCUCUGACAUUGAGGGACUCUCAAACGGGUUUUUUGAGCGAAAUCUGUGGGUUCGAUGCGAAUUUUGGUCAUAACUGUCGAUGAGAAACGAAAAAUUUGAUUUUUUCGGAAAUUUUGAUAGGAGAUUUGCAAAAUUUAUCGAUUUUUUGGUGAUUUUGGACAUUUUUUAAGCUGAAUUUGGCUUGUAAUUGUAGAAUAUGUUCUGAAAUUUAAUGAUGAUUACGAAAAAAAUAUGGUUUUCUGACUGUACUUUUAUAAAUUACAGUAAUUUUGGUCACCAAAAUCUCUAGAAUUUCGAAAUUUAUUGAUUUUUGGGGAUUUUGAGAAUAAGUAAUGAUGUCGACAAUCGUAUUUUACAAAAAAUAAUGACUUAAUUUUACGGUGCCUUUCAAAUUUCGCACUUUUCUGAUCGUAAAUUUGCAUACAGGCACUCCAUUCCCACCCUGUGGGAAUACAACUUUUUCGGCGAAAUUUCCGCGACAGCUGCACAUUUUUUGCACUUGAAUUCCCUCCUCAAAUAAUCUGCAUGCAGAGAGCGCGCUGAGCGAGGAGAGCGGCGAAAAUUGGUUGCCUCGGGGGCUGUCUGCGUCCAGUCUUCGCUCCCUUUUCGAAUGGGAAAUUCGCAGACAUUCGCUGCGGUGUCUAUGGGAGAGUACGAGAGUGUAGAGGCGAAAUUGGCGACGAGUUUUGAAUUUUUGGGUUGCGGGGAGGCUCAUUGUGGUAUAGGCUUGAGACAGUUGGGCAAGGGGACACCAUGGAAGACCUCAUUUGUGAAAAAUUUGAUCUAUAUAGGGCAAUUUGUAAGACUCAAAUGUUUAUUUGGCAAAAAAAAUUUUUUUGGACAUCCAAAGAGUAAGAGGAAAAGCUUGAUCGUCAAGGAGUUCACUCUUUAGAGUUCCGGUUUACAAAAGAAGUUCUCAAGGUGCGAUGCCCGGAUUCCCACUAAGGAUGUAUGGAAAUCUGAGUGCCGCACCUCGACCACUUUCAAACCGGGCCUCCGAAGAGUGAAUUCUUAUCCUUACUAA